GACCCGUCGUCAUUAGACUUUUUAAAAUCGGGAUGGAAAAAUUCAUAAUUUAAAUGUGUCACGCAUAAUUAAAGUGAUUUGUUUUUGCAUCCAAGGAUUCAUUCUGCAAAAAGAAUGCCACGCCUGGGUGCACUUCUGCGCGCCAGUGUGAAAAUCACAACUUCGAUUCGGCCGACCUCAAAGCCAUUACGACCAACUCGAGCCGCCCUUACGUUGACACCAGCGGCUGUCAGCCGUGUUAAGGAGUUGCUAGCCAAAGAACCGGAUGCCAUUGGGCUAAAAAUUGGUCUCAAACAACGUGGAUGCAGUGGGAUGAGCUACGUCAUAGAAUUUGCGAAACAGAAGGCAAAAUUCGAUGAGGAAGUUAAACAGGACGGCGUGCGUAUCUUGAUUGAUGCCAGAGCGCAGCUAUCACUUCUGGGCACCGAAAUGGACUUUGUCGAAAGUAAAAUCGCGUCAGAGUUCAUCUUCCACAAUCCUAAUGCUAAAGGCACCUGUGGUUGUGGCGAGAGUUUUACGGUCUAGAACACUAGCGGCAUAGAAUAUCCUCGAAGCUCAGUGCGUUAUAUUGAGUAAGUUUGUUUGCGACAGGUCAAACAUUUGACGUGGAAAGGGAAAAUUUUAAAGUGAAACCUCUGUACGUGCGUGUGUGUACUUAUAUAUGCGGAUGUAACACAAAGGACGCUUGCUUUCCUGUGAUCGUUUUGCUGAGUCAUUUUAGUAAAACGCUACAAUCUCCUUAGAAAUAUUUGGGGUGGCACGAUAUGUACAUUCAUUAAUUUACGACGCCCCAAUGGAAAGGUAGUAUAGUCACGUUAUUAAAGUAAUGCCUUGAAAAAUUAACUUUCUGUGAAUGUACUUCACUGUACAUAAAUAUUAAAAAAAUAUUCGGA